AUGUUUUUUCGGCAUGAUGAAAUAUUGAAAGAUGAUGUGGAUGUUAUCAAUAAGUUUCUAUCCACAUCAACACCAUUAGAAUAUGUGUUUGUACCUGGUCAAUACAUGCGUCCAGACGGUGUUUAUAUUGGAAAGUUGAGUCUAUAUGAAUAUUGGUCCUUACUCAUUAGUGCAAAAAUGUAUACCAAUAAAUUAUCAGGUACAGAUAUUGAUAAUGACAAAAAAUCAACAGAUUGGGGUCUUAUGUAUCACCAGAAGGAUGGUAAAGUAAAAUGUACUAACCUGAAGAAAAAAUUUGACGGUGUGAUUAACAACUUUAACCAUUGCGGUUCACUUCAAAUUCAUUAUAUAUUACCUGGCGUAGCUCAAGAACGCAUUUCAAAACAAUCAAAUAGAGGUGGUUGUUAUACUGAGAAUAAUGAUGUCAUUAUGUAUAUUGAUGAAAAAUUGUUAGAACGUUAUUUUCCAACAGAAUAUGCAUCUUCUUUAAGGGAGAUUCUUACACACAAUUAA